CCGAGAUUUCCAGUCGUAUAUAAAUACAAGGUUAAACACAUAGAUUCAUUUGACACUAGUUUAUUAAACGUGUUAAUUGGAAAGAAUUAAUGCGCCCAUCAUGCUUUGGGUAAUCGGAGGUAUCUGUCUUUGUGUGUUCUUAUACCCUAUACUACAGGACCUAUACCUUGUCUACAUUAGAGGAAUACCCCCUGGACCAGUUUCCUUACCAAUUAUAGGAGGGGUGUAUCGUUUAAACCCAAGGGUACCACAUCUAUCUCUGGAAUCUAUCGGCAAACAAUAUGGAAAGAUAUUCUCCAUAAAGAUGGGUACCUUCGGACGCACAGUGUUUUUGCAGGACAUCAAACUUGUGAAUCAGAUGUUUGAUUGUUCUGAUGCACAUGAUCGCCCAGACCUUCCCAUAUUUCGAAUAGUUAACACUGGCGCAGAUGGAAUUGGAUCAUGUAGGUACAAUUCCCGUUGGAAAACCAUGACAAAGAUAUUACACCGCGGACUUGCACACAUACCUUCGAGUUCAAUAGAAGAGUCAGCCAUAGAUGCAUACCUUCAACUUACAGACAUGUUCAUACAGAAACAAACUUGCAGUAUUUACUACCCACGAGCAGACGUAGUCAAGACUUGUACUGCUAUCAUCAGCUCGUUGGUGUAUGGUGUUAAGACUGACAAUAUAGACAGCCCAGAUCUGAGGUCACGGAUUCAUUACCACAGCCUACUUAUGAGUUUCCUAAAUCCGGCACAUCCCUUCAACUUACUGCCUAUAUUGUGGAAACUCCCUACAUCAAUCAGGAAAACAUUACAUCAAUGUAUUUCUGACAGGGAUGAACUUUUUGAUAACAGUUUAAAGGAUCAUGCAGAAAACUACAAUGGGGAGAUCAAGGAUGUAUUUGACAUAAUUGCUGACUAUGAACUUAAAGUGAAGAAUCAUCAAAAUACUUCAGAUGACUUUGAAAGAAAAGAUCUAUUUUUAUCAGCAUGGACAAUAUAUAUGGCAGGUUGUGACACAACAACAGAUACUUCAAUAUGGAUACUGCUAUAUCUGUGUGUGUUCCCAGAUGUACAAGAGAAAAUGAGGGAAGAAAUUGACUCAGUUUUCACAAAAGAACCAAAAGAUAUUCUUCAGCAGAAACAGUUCUUAAAUUAUACAAGGGCUGCAAUACUGGAAUGCUUACGCUUAAGUAGCCCGAUAGCCAUUGGUCUACCAAAUGUGGCAAGCCGAGACCUUCAGAUAGAUGGAUACACAAUUCCCAAAGGAACAGCUCUAAUGGCAAAUCAGUGGCAUAUUCAUCAUGACGAGACUCAUUGGCCCGAACCCUUCCAACUCAAACCUGAAAGAUUCCUUGAUGCAGACGGAACUAUCUUCUCAAACUAUCACAUAUUCCAGAAGAUGCCAUUCAUUCCAUUUUCCCGGGGAAAGAGGCCAUGCCUAGGUCAAACAAUCGCCCUUGAUUUACUUCUGAUAUAUGUAACAAUACUGCUAAAGAAAGUUGAAAUACAGCUUCCAGCAAACUACAAACCAGACCUUACCGGAAACGUUCUUUUCAACUUGAGACCAAAUGAAUUUCCUCUUGAAUGCAUUGCUCGGUGAAGGAAUAGGCUAAUUGAACAAAUAAAUUCUUGACAUUGGCAUAGAAUAGAAUGCCCUUGUGUAAAGAAUAUGAAAGCAUCUACGUGACACAGAUAAAUACAUGAAAGUAAGAGAAGCAAAAGAUAUUCUGAUUAAAUGCAAUAUGUAGUGGGCAUAUACAAGACUUGUGUUCAUGUAGUUAGUUAUAAUAUCUAAUGUUUGCCCUAAAUUUCAACUGGCAUGGGUUAUGCCAGAAGUAACAUCAUUCUGGCACAUUUUUGAAUGAAACUGCAAUCUUAGGAUGACAUCAUUUGGCCAUUAUAAAUGAAGUUGUAAAUUCAUAUACUUCUUUAAGAAAAUAGUAAGAGAUCAAAUGACAUUAAAGCAUGAAAAAAUAAUUUAUUGAGGUAAUCCAUUUCAAUAAAAAUAUGAUAGAAUACAAUGUAUGGUGUAAUUGGCAUCAUUUAAAGCAUGCAAUUUGUCUUAUGGGUUUGGGUGUGCAAAUGAGAUUUCCAGUGUAAAUAGUAGAAAAUCUUUAACAUCUGAUAUGCAAGAUAAAAUAGUGUUUUGACAGAAAGUGAUACAAAUUCUAAUGUUCAGUGAAAAACAACAGUAAAUGAUGAGCUUUCUCUCAGUUAUAAUCAACAAUGUAUCAGAGUUAUGCUAUGCAUAAACUCAAUAUAUAUCACAUUUAUUAAAACAUAGUACUUCAAAAUACAGCAUCUGAAAUUUGACUGUACAAAAUUCAUGGAGCAUAUUGCCCCUUUUAGUAUUUUUUUUUAUUUAUUUAUUUUUUAUUUCAGCAUUCUGUAACAGUGUUUUAGAGAUGAUAUUGUAAGUGCUUAUUGCAGUUGUCAGUGCUUAUUGGCAUUAAAUAUUUCAAAAGAAAAUGUCAUAAUUAUAAUUAUCUAUGUUAGAUUUACACACUUGAUAAAAAAUCAUUUUGGCCACUUUAAGUGUGAGAAUUUACACAAAUCUGUAAUAUUGGAUCAUGAAUACAUAUAGAAACAUCUUAGCCUUGUAUAGUUUUAUAUAUUCCAGCCUGAAGCCAUUGACUGGUUCAAGUGACAAUUUUCAGAGUGACAUCAUAAGGGAAAUAAUGAAUAUGUUUAUUUAAUAACAUAGACAGGUAUAAAAUAUAGUUGAGAGUUUAACUAUAUAUCUGUGAAAGACUUAAUACUAAUGAUGUUCUUUGAAGUACAUGUAAUGUACAUUUAAUUGUAUAAAUGGACAUCAAUAAAUAUUGAUUUAUCAUAAAUCACCAAUAAACAAAUGUUUCUAAUUUGAUAUUGCAGUAUUUUGUGUUUCUUACACUGUGGCACCUUUGCAAAUAUUAGUGACCUAGUAGACACUUAGUGACUUACUGCAGCAUCACUUUAUAUACAUCUAUAAUCAUAUAAUUUUUUUUUCCCACUUGACAACAUACAAUUAACUUAACAUUUUCAAAUAACUAAUGAAUGAAGUCUCAAAUUAAAAAAUUAAAAAAACUUUUUGGUGUUUUGCAUAGCAUACAAUGAGGCUUAUUUUACAAUAAAUACUGUAUUUGUUUAAUUUUUCAUCAAUUAACAUAAUUCAAUAGCUAAAUUUAUGAUAUGCAAAAAGAUAUAUAAACAAAACAAUGCAAUUUUAACAACAUGUAUAUCUAUCAUACUUUAAUAAUCAUAUUCAUUUUUUUCUAAGUGCCAUUAUUGUGUAUAUAUAUUAAAAUACCAUGUAUAUAAAAUUCAUGUACAUAUAUAUUAUUUGUUUUAUACAUUAUGAUAUAAGAGAUUUUUUUUUCUUGUUGGGACCAAUCAAAUUUUAAGAAUGUUCCAAAGCUUUCUAAUGAAAUUGGGAUUUUUUAUUGCAAUAAAAACAACCAUUUUUUAUAUUUUAUUUAUAAUUAAUAAAUUUUGUGUCAUUAAAUUAAUUCUCAGUGCAUUUCUUUUAACAUGUAAAUAUAUAUAUAUUUUUAUAUUUUAUUGACUUGUACCUUCUUUAUGACUCCACUGACGUUUUUUUUCCUGCAUAAAGGGGCUAGAAAUAUUUCACCAAGAUUUAUGAAUCAAUAGAUGAAUUCAUCUCCCACUCUGUAUUUUUCAGUAUAUUCAUUUUUGUUGUACAAAAUGACAACCAAAAAAUAAAAGCAAUUGCAAAUCUGGCUAAGAAUCGCACAAAAAAAUCUAUUUUCAAUUCAAUUCAAUUCUGUGUAUAUUUCAUAAUUUAAUCCUUGGCAGGGGAUUUUUAUCCUAGGGGGCGGUAUAAGGGCCAAUUCCCAAUCUAAAAUUGCCUCAUUAUUUCCCAAUUCCGAAAAUCUUAACAGCUGUUAUUGCUACUUUCGUAAAAGAAGUGACAAGUUAUUGUGUAUGAUCAAACACAUGAAUAAAACUUAAUAAAUAAUCAUAUGUAAAGUUAGCUUUUCAAGUUCUUAAAAAUUCGCCAAAUGGCACAUAAUUUUUCCCAAUAUAAUAUUUAGCCAGCUAUUUUGGGAUAAAGCCCCUUGAUUUAUGUAAAAAAUCAUUUUUCGUGUUUUAAGGUUUUGAACCUCAGAGGAUCUCCUUUAAAAUCUAAAUAAACUUCUUGUUAAGAGAUUGUUGUUGUUAUUUAUUAUUUUAUUAAUAUCAACUCCCAAACUUUUAUUGGGAAAAGGUGUGUUUUAAGGGUACAAGUUAUGUAAAUUAAAA